AUGGUGCAGGUGGUAAUGCUAAUGAUAUACUUACCAACCAUUGACUUUCGAAACAGUACGGUGGAGCUUCCCCAUAAAUUACCACACUAUGCACUCCUCAUAGCCCUCCUUUCUACUCCUGCAGUCACUAAACCUACGGAAACUCCAAUCGGAUUACAAGUCAUCCGUGAAUUAGGCAGAGCUUUUCAACAACACAUUGAUAAUCGUAGAUGGAGAUCGACUAGACUAUGUGUUCAACUCUUCGGACAACUCAAUUCAUUACAGAGACCACUCGUUUCUGAUCGAUCAUUAUUAGCUAUCCUUCAAGCCUUUGUUCGAGUCUUGUCUGAUGAAUUAACUUGCUCGAUCUCUCGGGCUGAUGAAUGCGUUCGGAUUGCUACCGAAGGUUUAGUGAGGUCUGGACUUUGGGUCAGGUUUGGUCCAAAUUCGGAGGAUCAUUCGAAACCUCUCAAUCUAGAUGAGCCAUCUAAAACCGUUGGUACAUCAAACGCCGAACAUCAGGCUAUCAAGUCAGAUGGCGAUGACAAAGCUAUGGAUGUUGACUCGUCCAACACUCAACCGGGGGAUACAACAGCUACAGACACUGAAAAGCCAGACCUUGGGGAAUCGAAAGAACCUGAAUCUGACGAACUUAAAGCUAUCACGACUGACCAGUCCGCCGAUAUGACCAAGGACUCUAAAACUGAUGAUAUCGACGCAACCAAAACUGAAAAAACUUUGAGCCCAGAGCAAGAAGCUGAACGGGCAAAAGAAAUAGCCGAUAUACGGACUGGAGUCACACAAUUAGUUGAUGCCAUCAAAACGCAUAUGUCCAAUCGUAAAAUUGACCGAUCGCUCUUCAAUCAAGCAACUGCUCUGAAUCAAUAUACCGAUGUUGGUACUUUACGCACGCGCUUAUCCAUCUUCACUACUCCAAUCGAGGAACUUGUAGCAGCACUUGACGAGCCUACCAUCAGCGUCUUACCAAUCCUCGAUAGUCCAUUCUCACCCCUAAUUGAAGCUAGGAUGAAAUCUUACAGUGGGGUGGAUGUACAAUACCCUUCUCCGGUUGAUUUACCUGUUGUUUUAUUACCACCUGAAAAUGAUGAUGAUGAACUUGAGGACAGACCAGUGGUGUCGGUCAAUGUCGCGGCUCACCAUCAUUCGUCGAACUCUGCGGCUCCUGGACGUCCUCUUUCGGCCGAUUCAAAAGAUAGGAUAGGCUAUACAGGUGUCAGAAUGUUCUUGAAGAUGUUUGUUGACAAUAGCGUUCCUAGUCGCAGCACAGCAGAUGGAGUGGUCCUAAGGACUCUGAUACACGAUAUCAUUGACAUCUUUGAAGUUAAUCGCAAAGAAUGUGCUAAGAUUUUACUCGAAUUACCUAGAUGGGUAGGAAGGGGGACUUUUAAGAGCAAAGCGACUAAGGAUGUUGCUGAGACGGACGGCGGCCCAGGUUGGGUCUUGGAACACUCGAUCAUUGAGACCAUUGUCAGCUCGAUAUUCGGAAUGCCAAGACCACCAAUCAAACCAUCGGUUUAUUAUUCCAGUCUAAUUGCAGAACUUUGUAAAUUGUCGCCAUCGACCGUCGCACCAGCCUUGGGGAAAUGUAUGAGAAGGUUAUUUGGGGGGUUAGGAGCAAAAAAAGAUACAACAGAUGAUGAAGAGAAUACUACGAUUGUAGUUCUAGAGGCUGAAGCUAUCAGAAGGUUUGCAGAUUGGUUCGCAGUCCAUUUAUCGAAUUUUGGAUUCCUAUGGGUUUGGAAGGAUUGGACGGAAGUCACAGAAUUAGAAGUUGAUCAUCCAAAACGAGUUUUGGUUUCAAGAAUCUUGGAACUUGAGCUCAGAUUAAGUUAUUAUGAUCGAAUUGUUGGUACUGUUCCAGCUAGUUAUGUGGAAUCGGGAGUAAUGGCUGGGAAAGCUCCAGGACCAGUAUUUGUAUUUGAAGACAAAGCUAGUUCAGAUAUAGUUCAACUAUUAAAACGUAAAGAACCGGUGAGCCGAUUGUUAGAGUAUUUAAAGAAGAUGGUAGAAAGAUUUGAAGGUGAAGAAGGCAUGAAUGGAUCUGAAGCACUUUCUAUUCAACAUCAAUUGACAAUUGAAGCUAUCCUUUUUGUUGGAUCAAGAUCUUUUUCACAUUUCUUAAACGUUUUGGAAAGAUAUACAGAAUUGUUAAAGAAGAUGACUGAAUCAAAAGAGAGUAGAAGGUUAACAUUAAAAAGUGUGACAAGGGUUUGGAAAAAUAAUCCACAAUUUGAAUUAAUCGUAUAUGAGAAAUUAAUGGAAUAUAGAUUGAUAGAUCCGAUUGAUUUAAUUCAACAUUUCUUUGAUCAUGAAGAAACUGGAGAAGAAGAAGAGAAAAAUGGAAAGAAGAGAAGAGAAAUAAAGUUUUGGGAUGGGAUCAGGUUAUCGAUUGGCAUGGUGAAGAAUCGAGUAGGGAUUGCAAGAGUUAGAGUGAACCGAAUGAAGAAGGAAGAUGAAGAUGAAAUGGAUUUAGUUAGAGCUGCUGCUGGGAAUGGAGAUAAUGGAAAUGAUCCAGAUGGAAAUAUGACCGGUGAUAAAGAAAUGGAAGACAUACCUAAGGCAGAAGAAAUGUCUAAAGAAGGAGAAACACUUAAAGAAAGUGAUGCAUCUAAAGAUGGAGAAGUACCUAAAGAAGGAGAAGGACUUAAAGAGGGACAAGAAACUAAAGAAGAAAACGAAUCGGAAAUCACAAAAGAAUCGGAAGUUUUAAAAGAAGAAGAAAUGAAAAAGUUAAAAAGGAUCGAAAGAGAAAAAUCAUUGGAAAGUAAAAUCUCUGAAUUGAAUUCGGAAAUUAAAGAAUUGAUUGAAGUGUUUUUAGAAGUGGUCAAAUUGUUUGGAAAAGAAUUGGAAGAUAUUAGUAAAGAAGAAGAAGAAGAAGAAAUGAAUGGAAAGGAAGAUUGGGGAAAGUGGUGGGUUGAAGGUUGGACUAGAGAGUUUUGUAGAUUAUUUGGAAAUGAAAUUGUAGAACAUUAUGAAGUUUUAUUUAAAGAAGUUGAAGAAUUAAAAUUAAAUAAGAUGAAAAGGUAUUUAGAAUUAACUAAAGAAUGGAUUGAAAAUAUUGGAAAAGUUUAUUAAAUUGAACCAAAAAAAAGUUGAAAAAUAAAAAAAAGUAAACAGAAAAAGAAAGGGAUAGUAAGCAAAAAAAACAAUAACUGGUUUUUCCUAGUUGAUUGAAUUGAUGAAAAUUUUAAAUUUCAAAGUAUGUUUCUUUUUAAAAAAUUGAAUGUUUGUUUGUAUAUGACCACAAAAAAUGCAAUUUGAAAAACAAAUC